AUAGGAGGAGUACUCGGGAACAGGACAUAAUAAAUUAACAAGGAGGUAGGGAACCGGGUGGAGAGGAAGGUGACUCGUGAUGGGUAUAUGGUGGAAGCUCAGGAGAAGAAAAGGGGGGGUGUGGGUGUGUGGCGAGAUGGUAUCGUGAGAGAGAUGAAGACAAAAAUCGGGAUGUGUCCAGCGGGGCUGUGGGGGUUCCGUAGGCAGACUAAGGAGGAUGGUGGAUCAAGGGAGGGGGAGAUGUCCGAGUUAGAGAAACAGCACGAGGAACUAACGAAUCUCCGACAGGCAGUGCAGAACCACAAGAAUCUGCACGAGGAUGCCACACGGGCACUCAAUUCCAGUGUUCAGGACUUGGAGCAAGCAACACCAGGACCAGACACUGGCGAACCCAACAGUGCAGCCUCAACCCGCCAAUUGGAGGAACGAGUUGACCAUGUGGUCGCACUGCUCGGCAACAUCAGCACCUUCGCCGCMCCCGCCACCAUCAGCGAGCAGUUCGACGCCUUGAAGAACGAGGUUCGGAAAUUGCACCAGCCGCCCGAGCACGAUGGCAGCACCAGUCCGCAUCAUUACAAAAUGCUGAUAUUCCGGAUCGAAAAGUUUGAUGACUAUACGCAUCAAGACCUGGUCCCUUGGUGGGAGGGCUUUACGAUGGAACUUCAGAUUCGUCACGUCCCCGAGCACUCGUACAUCGGGGCGUUGUUCCUCAACUCAAUAGGCGGAUGCCAGAUCUGGCUCAGCCACCUGGCAACCAUCCACGACGUCCAGGUCGCCAAUCUGCACAAGAAGAUCCGGGAAGAUCUGACGAGGCUAUGGAAGAAGCAUUUCAUCGUUGAUGACGCCCCGACGCUCGCCAUCAACCGCCUCUUCAGCAUGACUCAAGGCAACACACCAACACAUGACAGGCUCACGGAGUGGCAAAAGAUCGUGGCAACGCCCGAUCUCGACUUACCAUUUCCGCAUCUGCACCGAGAGUUCUACAACCGGUCGUGUGCCGCCUUGAGCCUCGCCCUCAGUGAUCGAGAACUGUACACGAUCUUCGCCGAGAUCAUCGACAAGGCGCGUGAGAUCAUCAAGACCAACCGGACUGCUGCACACGAGAAGUCGGCGUGGCAGCCAGCCCAUGUGGAGAAAGGAAAAUUUGGUCCGCGUCCGCAGCCCAUCGCUGCAGUCCAACUGGACAACAUUGUGGAAGACCCGGCAUCCACCCCAGCAUCACGUGAGGGAGAUCAGGUGGCCGUUGUCCAGCUGCGAAGCAACAACUCCCGUGGAAAAGGGAAGGUGAAAACCACAUCGCCGGCCAGAAAUGGACAGCCAGUACCAUGGGUCAAGUUUCACUUGACCGAGGCCAAAUACAAGUGGCGCAGCCGCCGAAGUUUGGACGAGCAUGUGGAGCACUUGCGCACCGUUUUGGAACAGCUGCGACGGGCCAAGUACAAAGCCAACCGCGAUAAAUGCGAAUUCGCACGGCAAGAGCUCGCGUACUUGGGCCAUUUUGUGAUGCCACAAGGCAUCCGCCCGCUCACAGACAAGAUCGAGGCCAUCCAAGUAUGGCCCGAGCUCACCAACACCACGAAUGUUCGCUCAUUCAUGGGGUUGGCGGGCUACAAUAAACGCUUCAUCAUCGGGUACUCAAGGAUUGCCGCACCAUUGACGAGAUUACAAUCGCCAAAGGUGCCAUUCGUAUUCGAUGACGACGUGCGUCAGUCAUUCCAAGCACUCAAGACGGCCAUGCUCAUGGCACCCGUCCUUAGCAUCUACGACCCCACUUUGCCAAUGCGAGUGACAACUGACGCUUCCGGCUAUGGCAUUGGGGCAGCCUUGGAAAAACACGACGGCGACGACUGGCACCCCGUGGAGUAUUUCAGCCACAAGGUGCCUCCCAUCAACUCACUUGAUGAUGCAAGGAAGAAGGAGCUGCUUGCAUUCGUGAUGGCUCUCAAGCGAUGGUCACACUUCCUCCUUGGGCGGCGUCGGUUCACAUGGGUCACUAACAACAACCCGUUGACCUACUACAAGACGCAUGAUACGAGAGCGAGAGAAAAGGGGAGGAAGCCAAGCUUUUUGAAGGCGCUUAUCCUUUCAACCUGGGACUGGAUAACCGUUCUUAUCCUGUUUAUGAUGGUUUGCAGUGGCUUGCGAAUAUCAGUCGCAGUCCUGGUGAGACAAAUUGUGGAUUAUCUGCAGCCCAAUUACGGUGGUGCCAGGUGGCAUGGUUAUGCAUUCGCGCUCGCAAGCGGGGUUGUAGCUUGCCUCCUCCCUUUGGCAAACCACCUGCAUUUUUUCUUUGCUAAAUACAUUGGCGUCCGGUAUCGGGUAGGAUCGAUGGUGCUUGUGAAUAGGAAGCUCCUGCAAUUGACUGCUGGCUCACUAGCGCAUACGACAACCGGGAAGUGCAUCAACCUGAUUUCAAAUGAUGUUCGACAACUUGACGAUCUGUUGAUAUACGGUGCCUUUAUCUGGGGUGGGCCACUGGAGGCGCUCGUUGUCUCUAUCCUGAUUGCGCAAGUGACAGGCACAACUGGAAUGCUAGCGGGCAUGGCAACUCUUGUAGCACUCAUUCCUCUGGAGACAUUCCUGGGAAGAGUAUUUGCCAAGAAGAGACAGGAAAGCGUUAAGAAAACUGAUGCCCGAGUCAAGAUGACUGGCGAGGUCCUCAAUGGCAUUUUGGCUGUGAAGAUGUUCGCGUGGGAGGAGCCGUUCAGGAGGACUAUUCAUGGGAUCCGCAGAGAAGAGAAGAGAAUAAUAUGGAAUGCUUCAAUGAUCCGAGGCUUCAACGAGGCAACAUAUUUCUGUCAUGCGGUACUUGCAGCCAUGGUCACUUUUUUGGCGAGCCAUGCUUCUGGACACCAGUUGAGAACCAGCGCAGUUUUCUAUGUUCUGACCUUACUACAGCUACCCCGGCUUUGGAUGGGGAUGUUCUUCGGCAUGGGGGUUGAGAGGGUUGCAGAGACGCUUGUCACUUCUUCAAGACUGGAAAAGUUCUUUGAGGUAGAAGUGGAUCGCCGCAUGGCAGAAAAACAGAAAGAGAAGGAACAGAAAAAGAAACAGAAAGAGGAAGAGGUGAAGAAAAUGAAAGAAGAAAGAGAAAAGUUGGAGAAAGAAAUAAAAGAAAAAGAAAGAAAACUGCGGGAAGAGUUGAAGGCAGUUGAAGAAGAAGAAGAAGAGGAAGAAGAAGAAUAUGAAGAUGCUGAAAGAUUGCAGAGAUGCCAGACAGAAAGAGGAGAGUCCAGCAGGACCAGCGGCAUUGCAAUUGAGCUUGAGGCCAUGAAUUGGCUCGACCAGUUUGGGUGUAGGACCCCUAUGUAUGUUGAGACGGAGGAGGAAAAGAACGCCUUUGUCGAACUGUUGGCUGCAACAGAUGAUCCUAAAGAGAAAGAUCUUCUGAUUCAAGAAAAGAAAGUUGAACUAAACAACAAAAUGGUAGCAGCAAAGAGGCAGGAAUUCGAGGAAAAGAAAAAACUGAAGGAAGAGGGAGAGAGGUUGCAAAAACAAUUGCAAGAACAAAAGGGGCAGGAACAGAAACCGGCUACCAACGACAGACUCUUUCUCCCCACUGAUACCCUCCUCCACACCAACCAACAACUGGCGGCACUAACAAACAACGUUCAGAAACUCGAAAACCAUCAGUUUGAGUUCGAAGGAGUUUGGAACUUCCUGCAGCGAUCUGCGCAAAAGGUCGAUAGGCAUAUCAUAACCUGCAUAGAGAAGCUAGAUGAACAACUCGUUAAGAGAUUGUCAGAUCCCGCUGUGGCCAAGAAAAUAUUAGGUGGCGGCGGAGGAGAUGGAGGAGACGGAGAUGAAGAUGGAGGAGAUGGAGAUAAGAAAGGAAAGGGGGCAAAGCUAUAUGACUCAGGGGAAGUCCAGAUGACACCUAAAUUGACUAGGUGGGCUGCUGAGAUUGACCAAUAUGAUUUUGAGCUAAAGCCAGUCAAGGGGAAGUAUAAUGUUGUCGCCGAUGCACUAAGUCGAAGAUCUGAUUUCUUCGGUGCCAUUGUAACAUAUUUAGAUGUGGACGCCGAUGUGCAAGAGAAAAUUAGAAAAUCAGUGCAGGGGCAGGAUGAGAUCGAGUUCGAAAUCCGGGCGAGAUUGGGGCAGAGUCGGAAUCUGGGCGGGAUCAGGAGGGGAAACAGACGGAGACGGGGCGGGAACGUGAUUGGAUUACAAGCCUGCUUCGAUCAUCAAGAGUCUCAGCAUCUGCGCUCAUCAGCGCUUGUCACCAACACCAAGUUCAACACUCUUCAGGUUGCUGGGUGCUGGAUACGAGGUGGGCUGCUGGGCAGUGGCUGCGUGGUGGGCUGCUGGGCGCUAACUGCUGUGUGGCUGGGUGCUAGGCGCUGGCUGAGUGGCGGGCUACUGCGUGCUGGCUACAGGGUGGUGAAUGAAGUGACAGGGGAAAGGGUGGGGGAAGGUAAGGGGGAAAAGGAGGGGGAUAAGGGGAAGGAAGGUGGGGGCAUAGGGAGUCUGUUGUUGAAGGACCUCAGCAGUUUGCCUUGGGUGAAGGACACAGUGAAGACGGCGAACACGAUCGUGAAGUUCAUCAGGAACCAUCACGUCACACACGGUCUCAUGAUGUCCAUCGAUGACUCGUUGUCAUUGCUGCGCCCGACAAAGGUCCGGUUCGGGUCGGUGUACCAAGUGUUGCAGAGGCUAACGGAUAGGGAGGAAGUGUUGAAUGAGAUGGUGGACGAAGGUUGUGCAGCGAAGUGGCGGGCAUUGAGAUGGUCGGGAGAGAAGCUGCAGAAAAAAGUCGACCUUGUCUACUACACUGUGAGGUCAGAGAGUUGGUGGGCCAUAGUGAGGAAAAUUGUGGCAAUUAUGGAGCCGGUGUACAACCUCCCGAAGAGGAUGGACAGGGAAGGAGUUUCUCCCACCAACCUCAUGGAGUUCGACGAUCUCAUUGCGAGGAAAUUAGCAAAUGUCGUACCCACGAAGAAGGAGAGGGAGGAUGUGAUGGACAAGGUCAAGGACCAUGUGCAGAUGAUGCGGCAGCCCGUUCAUGCAGCUGCGUUUUUGUUGGAUCCAUGGACGAGAGACCCAGGCUGGCUCAACGAUCCGGACAGCGCCCUCGUGCAAAACGCAAUGCGCUUCUUCUGCAGGCAGAUCGAAGCGAAGUCGGAUUCGAAGCCGCACAUGGACAUCUGGGAUCAUCUGUACGAGUUUUUGAGAGAACCUGUGGAAGGGGAAGUCAGAACAUAUGAACAUAUGUGGACACCAGUUGCCAUCAAACAAGCAUUGCGACGUACGCCUGUGGACUGGUGGACCUUGUACGGUGGGGAUGUUCCACAGUUGCAGCAGAUCACCAUCAACGUGUUGGGAAUAUGGAGCACGGCGACACCCGCGGAGCGGAACUGGGCAUCGAUGGACUUUGUCCAUUCGAAGCGCAGAAACAGUCUCUCGCCAGAGUCCUUGGAGAAGCUGGUUUACAUUCACUGGAACAUGCAGUUGCCGCAUUCGUUGAUGGAACCGACAGCGGAAGAUGUAGCUGUCGAGGACGCCACGGAGGAUGAGACAGCAGACAAUAUCGAGGAGGAAAAGAGGCAAAAGAGACUGAAGAAGACUUCGAAAGACCGGAUUCCGAAGAGCCUGUUGGAUGACGACUCAAGUGGGAGCAGCGAUCUUGAGGAUCUCGUGUGGAAGGGGAAGUGUUGGAAUGAGUCGACUUCCGAGGAGAGCGACGGUGAGGAUGACACUGGAGAGGACUUAGAUUUCGAGUUGGGGGGCAAGCCAGCAGUGCCAGCCACUACGUAUGUCGGUCGGAGGCUUAGGAGGCGAGAGAAGGAGGCAGAGGUGCUACCUUCCGAGGCCAUCGACAGACUGGACACCGAUAUUGAGUUCUUGGCGCACCCUACGCCUGAUGCCGACGAGGAGGAAGCUUCUCGGGCGAAGGCUAUGGCAGAUAGGGAUGCCACUUACUUGAGGAAUGUGACAUUCGCGCUGCGGAAGGGAGAGCUUCUGGGAGUCAUGGGAAGAGUAGGGUCUGGAAAGAGCACGCUUCUUGCUGCCGUGAUGGGGGAGGUGCACACUCGUAAAGGCUACGUCAGAAAGAACUGCAAGACAAUUUCAUAUGCAGCACAGAAGCCAUUCAUUGUUUCAGGAACCUUGAGGUCAAAUAUUGUUCUCUGGGCGCCAUGGGAUGAGCAAAAGUACAAAAAGGUGAUUCACGCUUGUGCUCUGCAGCAGGAUAUUGAGAUUUUCCCGGACGGAGAUGAAACCCUCCUUGGUGAGAGAGGCCAAAAUUUAAGCGGCGGUCAGAAGGCACGUUUGGGACUCGCUCGAGCUGCAUACCAUGAUGCCGAUCUGUAUCUAUUAGAUGACCCUUUGUCAGCGGUAGACCCGGAAGUGGGAAAACAUCUUUUUGAAGAGUGCAUUCUGGGAUACCUCAAGGGCAAGUCCGUUGUUAUGGUCACACACCAGCUCCAAUACUUACCCAGGUGUGACCGUGUGAUCCUGAUGCAAGAUGGAGAAAUGAAAGACAUUGGCACUUAUGAGGAGCUCCAGAAGAGGGUUGAUUUCCAUGGCUUCAUCGACGUAGAGCUCGCUCUGAUCGAGGUUGAGGAACAGCGCCAGCUGGCAGCCGAGGUUGCCUGCCUACAGGCUGAAGCAGCGGCAACAGCUGAGAAGCAGCGGCUACAGGCCGAAGUAGACGCAGAUACCCACAAGGAGGCCCAGGUUCUGCUGCAGCGGCAUGAAGUUGCCAGCAUCGAAAGACUCAAGUUCCGACACUUUGAACCGUCCAACGGCGACGAUGCGACACCGGAAGAGCAGCAUAAGGAGUUCCUCUCCAAACUCGUGACACGGUUGUUGUACACUUGCAACUACCAACAGUCCGAGUUAGAGAAACAGAACCAGGAAUUGCAGCAACAGUACCAGGAUCUGAAGACACAACACCAGGAGUUAGCAAACCUCCGCCGGAUAGUGCAGAGCCACGAGGAUGCUACACGGGCACUCAAUUCCCGUGUAUUGGACCUGGACCACGUCGUACCAGGACCAGAUGCUGGUGAGUUCAGCAGUGCACCCUCUCACCGCCAACUGGAGCAACGCGUCGACCACGUUGUCGCAAUGCUCGGCGACAUCACCACCUUCGCUGCGCCGACCACCAUCAGCAAUCAGCUGGAUACUUUGAAGACCGAGGUCCAGCAACUGCAGUCGACGAACACGGAUGGCAACAAUCCAAAGCAAUACAAGAUGCCAACUUUUCAACUGGAGAAGUUCGAUGACUACACGCAUCAGGACCCGGUGCUCUGGUGGGAAGCUUUCACGACGCAACUUCGGAUUCUGCCUAUCGCCAAGCACGUGUACAUCGGCGCCCUGUUCAUGAACUCAAAGGGCGGAUGCCAGAUCUGGUUAACCCACCUGGCAGUCACCCACGGCAUCGACAUCGCAGAUCUGAAGGACAAGACCACAUGGGAAGAGUUGACACGGCUGUGGAAGAAGCGGUUCAUCGUCGACGACGCACCAGCACUAGCCAUCAACCAUCUCUUCACCAUGACUCAAGGCAACACAGCAACACGUGACUGGCUCACGGAAUGGCAGAAGAUCGCGGCAACGCUCGAUCUUGACUCACCAUUUCCGCAUCUGCGCCGUGAGUUCUACAACAGGUCAUGCGCUGCAUUGAGCCAGGCACUUGGCGAUCGCGAGCAGUAUGCAACCUUCGCUGAGAUCAUUGACAAAGCGAGGGAGAUCAUCAAGACCAACAGGGCGGCUGCACACGAGAAGUCAACGUGGCAGCCAACCUAUGUGGAGAACGUGAGAACUGGUCCGCGACAGCAGCAGUUCGCUGCAAUCCAAUCGGACAACACUGUGGAAGACCCGGCAGCCACCCAAGCGUCACGCCCGCACGGAGUAGUACCGGAUCGGCCCAUCCGCCACGAGAUCAUCCUCGAGGACGGGGCCGUACCUCCGCGCGGUUGCAUCUACCGAAUGAGCGAGGAAGAGUUAAGUGUGCUUCGGGCACAACUCGACGACCUUCUGGAGAAAGGUUGGAUUCGGCCUAGCUCAUCGCCAUACGGUGCUCCUGUUCUCUUCGUCCGGAAGAAGAACAAGGAUUUGCGGCUGUGCAUCGAUUAUCGCAAGCUCAACGCGCAGACGAUCAGAAAUGCUGGCCCUCUUCCACGCAUCGACGAUCUUCUUGAGCGACUGGGCGGCGCCAAGUUCUUCUCCAAGCUCGAUCUCAAGUCGGGAUAUCACCAACUCGAGAUUCGGCAGGAGGAUCGCUACAAGACCGCGUUUAAGACGCGAUAUGGGCAUUACGAAUGGCUGCCGGAGUUUGGAAUGGAACACCUGCGCACCGUUUUGGAGCGGCUACGACAGGCCAAGUACAAAGCCAACCGCGACAAGUGCGAAUUCGCGCGGCAGGAGCUGGAGUACUUGGGACAUUACGUGACGCCGCAAGGCAUCCGUCCGCUUGCGGACAAGAUCGAGGCCCUACGAGUAUGGCCCGAGCCCACCAACACCACGGACGUUCGUUCAUUCAUGGGAUUGGCAGGCUACUAUCAGCGAUUCAUCAUCGGAUACUCGAGGAUUGCUGCACCUAUGACGAGAUUACAAUCGCCAAAGGUGCCAUUCGUAUUCGAUGACGACGCACGCCGGUCAUUCCAAGCACUUAAGACGGCUAUGCUCAUGGCACCCGUCCUUAGCAUCUAUGACCCCACCCUGCCUACGAGAGUGACGACUGGCGCUUUCGGCUAUGGCAUUAGGGCAGUCUUGGAACAGCACGACGGCGACGACUGGCACCCUGUGGAGUAUUUCAGCCACAAAGUGCCUCCCAUCAACUCGCUUGAUGAUGCAAGGAAGGAGGAGUCGCUCAGAUUCGUCAUGGCUCUCAAGCGAUGGCGGCACUUCCUCCUUGGGCAUCGUAGGUUCACAUGGGUUACGGACAACAAUCCAUUGACCUACUACAAGACGCAAGAUACGGUGAGCUGCACGAUCGGACGAUGGAUGUACUUCAUCGACCAAUUUGACUUCACACCGAAACAUCUUCCCAGCCUCUCCAAUCGCGCAGCAGAUGCACUCUCGCGAAGACCUGAUCUUUGCGCGAUGACACAUCAUGCCUUCGCAUUCGACGAGGAGCUUCAGCGACACUUCAUCCGGGGAUAUGAGUCUGAUCCGGACUUCGCCACGUUGUAUGCACAACCAUCUUCGGAUCACCCGCCGGCCAGCCACUAUCGCACGAUGGGUACUUGCUCCUGCACUCGUGGGGCAAGGACUUACUAUGUGUCCCACGCGACCAUCGUCUUCGGACUCGCCUCCUCGACGAGUAUCAUGAUUCGCGACUCGUCGGCCAUUUCGGAGUCAACCGCACUAUUGCACGGCUUCGACAGCGAUUCCGAUGGCCCGACCUCAUCACCGACGUCACGAGCCGAGGCUACCCGCUUACAGGCUGAAGCAGAGGCAGCAGCUGAAAAGCAGCGACUUCAGGCCGCAGCUGAGGCAGAUACCCAGACACGCUGCAAGGAGGUCCAGGAUCUGCUACAGCAGCACGAAGCCGCCAGCGUCGAAAGGCUCAAGUUCUGGCAUUUUGAACCAGCUGAGGACAAUGACGACGCGGCACCGGAAGAGCAGCACAAGGAGUUCCUCUCCAAACUCAUGACCCGGUUGGCUUACACUUGUAACCACCUGCAGUCCGAGUUAGAGAAACAACACCAAGAACUGGCUAAACAACACCAGGAACUGGUGGAACAGCACCAGGAACUGGCAAAUCUCCGACGGACAGUGCAGAACCACAAGGAUCUGCACGAGGAUGCUACACGGGCACUUCAUUCCCGUGUACAGGACUUGGAGCAAGCCGCACCAAGACCAGAUGCUGGCGAGUCUAGCAGUGCACCCUCAACCCGCCAAUUGCAGGAACGAGUUGACCAUGUAGUCGCAAUGCUCGGCAACAUCUCGCCGCCCAACCACCAUCAGCAAACAGCUCGAAACCGUGCAGACCGAGCUCAGGCAGCUACACCAGCCGAAGAGGAGGCGACAACCAAUCAUGAGAAUGGCAAUGAUGCUGAAAAAGGGGAGGAAAACGAUAGCACGAUUAGACAGGAAUCGGCAAGCAAGGCAUUGGAGGCAGCAGCAAAAGAAAAUCAAUCUGCGGGGAAACUUCAGCCACUGUCUCAAGCAAAAAAUUCUCAAAGUGAAGGACAAUCAUCUAAAGAAAGAAAAGAGACGGGAGCUGUGGGAUGGCAAGUUUAUUGGGGAUAUUACAAGUGUUUUGGAAGACUCACAUCGCUGGCAGCCUUGCUUGGGCUGUGCAUAGCACAAACACUAGCUGUCAUAUCUGACUGGUAUGUGGCACACUGGGCCUCAAAGGAGAAACAGGGUGGGUCUGCGAGUCUAAUCUAUAUGGGUCUUGUCUUAUCCACAUGUGCUGUGUCAUACUUCAAGGCUUUUCUCUUCUUCAACUGUGCACUUGAUGCAGCAUCGAAGAUACAUGACCUCAUGUUAAGCUCUGUCUUUGGAUCUCCUCUCCGGUUUUUCCACGUCAAUCCAAUUGGCCGAAUCCUCAAUAGAUUUUCUGCUGAUCAGGGUAUCAUUGAUGAUCUGCUCCCACAAAUUACACACAACGCUCUUCAGUGUCUCUUCAUGACAAUUGGAAUAGUAAUUGUGAUUAUUGUUGGUGUACCAUGGGUUGGCUUAAUCGUGCUUCCAGUACUACUAGUGUUCUUAAGGAGUGUUAAGACUCCUUGACCUACGAAUUCACUUGUCCUACCGGCCUCCCACAUUGCUUUAUAAUAGUUCAUUAAGUCC